AUGUCACAGUACUACGAUUUCUCCACUAAAGUUACCACUGUCACAACGAAAUCAGGCGAGGGGGAACCCCCUCAACCUUCAUCCGCCAUGAUCUUCUUCCCACCCCCAGCAUUAGCAUUAGAACUGUGA